GAGCCACUGAUGAGCAGGCCUCUGCUGGCGACAAAACUAGGGCAAUUAUGACAGUGGCCUUAGAUGGCGAUAGAGUUAGAAUCAAACUUGAAGGAUUCGGAGAAGAUAUUGAAAACCACUUCGUUUUGGGUCAAGAAUCUGAUGAAAAACUACAAAAAGGUAUCGUUUCGAAGACCACCGUCACAAAAGAAGGAGAUACACUGAAAUUUGUAGCGAAAGAAAAUGGGAGUGAGACCUAUUCCAGAUUGUACAAAUUCACCGACUCUGGAUUGGAAGUGAUUAUGAAUUUGGAAGGCUUCGAAGCGAAGAGAAUCUACAAGAGGCUAUGAAAGGACUUUGAUGCCACUGAGCAAAUUAUUGUAUAUUUACUUCUCAUAUUUUAUUUUCAGUGAAUUAAAAAACACUUAAAUCCA